AUGACCUCAUCUUAUCGCGAGAUACAACGUCUGCGAGACCAGUUGUUUUCUGACUCGAUCGAUAUUCCCCUGGACGCGGCUUACGCAAGGGCGAUACAGCGAAAUGAGCUGGGGCCCUUUCCGUUGCCAAAACAUAUAGAGGCCAAGCUUGGGAAGCGGUCCAUCCUGGAUAAGCUUCGAAACCAGCCCAUCAACUCGGGCUCAGACUCGGCUCUCGUCCUUGCAAAUAACAUCCUCACCAAGGAGGAACUCACCAACCCCGCUUUGGUCCCGCUUCUCGACAACAAACCGCGCCAAAAAUACCAUCACAGCAAUUGGAAAUUGCACAAGGUCCUGCUUGGCCAUACGGGCCAGGUCACCUCUGUCACGUUCGAUCCUUUCAAUAAAUACUUCGUCACUGGAUCUGCUGACAGCACAAUCAAAAUAUGGAACCUGGCAGCUUCCAGGUUGGAUCUCACUUUGACAGGACAUAUCAUGGCAGUCCGAGGACUGGUGGUUUCAGACAGACAUCCGUACAUGUUCAGUUGCUCAGAGGACAAAACGGUGAAAUGCUGGGAUCUGGAAAAGAACGCUGUGAUUAGAGACUAUCAUGGACAUCUUAGUUCUGUCUAUACUAUUGACCUGCACCCAACACUGGACCUAAUAGUGACGGCUGGCCGUGACUCUAGUGUUCGGGUCUGGGAUAUUCGCACAAAAGUGGCCGUUUACACAUUCACAGGCCACAAAUCAAGCGUUAACAUGGUAAAGGCGCGCGCCACGAACCCUCAGGUUAUCAGCUCCUCCAUGGACUCUACCGUCAAAACAUGGGAUCUGAUUGCUGGAAAAUGCGACAAAACGUUGACAUAUCACUCCAAAUCUGUGCGCUCGUUUGCUCUUGGUUCUAACGACCAGCAGCUUGUGUCUGCUUCGUCCGAUGGAAUCAAAAAGUUCCAGCUACCAGACUGUACUUAUUUGCAAAAUUUCGAGUUUUUCAACACCAACAGAAUAGAGCAUGGAAACACCAUCAUCAACACACUGGCCUCCAACUCUGAUGGUGUCAUGUUUGGAGGUUGCGAUGACGGCAAGUUUGCCUUUUGGGAUUGGGAGUCGGGCGAGAUUUUCCAACAGGGGCAGAACGUCGCCGUGCCAGGAUCGCUGGCUGGAGAAACAGGUAUUUUGUGCUCUAAAUUCGACCAGAGUGGUCUGCGGUUGAUUAGCGGGAACGUCGACAAGAGCAUCAAGAUAUGGAGACAGAUCGAUGAGACUGUCUGA